CAGAACUCAGCCAGUUGUGCUGGAAUCAUCGUCUUCUCCUCCGCAGAGAUCAGAGUCAUCCCUCGUUCCUCAGGAUGAGAGGAGCGCAUCCGUCUCCCCGUCCGACUAUCUGCUGGACAUUAAUAAGGUUCUGCUGGCCAUGGCCGACAACGAGCUGCUUCUGAACUCCUCAGAGCUCAGCGGAGGACUGUUUGAGGAUUUCUCCAGCCAGGAGGACACGCUCAGGAAUAUAAAGGAGAGUUUGGAGCGGCUGGGAGAGCAGGUCGAAGUGAUUAAUGAGCGCCAGCCGGAUGUGAUUCUGGAAGCUUCCAGACAGGAGAUGGCACAGAUAUCUGAUGCCCUGACACAGCUGAACUCCGAGUGGGACAGAGUCAACCGCAUGUACAGCCAGAGGAAAGGGUGUUUCGAUGGAACUGUGGAGGAGUGGAGGCAGUUUCACUGUGACAUGAAUGAUCUCUCGCAGUGGCUGAGUGACACUGAACAGGUCCUGGCUGACGGAGAACUGGACCUGGACCGCGCUCGCGCACAGCAACAGGACCUGGAGGAAGGUCUGGCCUCUCAUCAGUCUGUUGUGGCAGUGUUGAGCCGGUCUGGAGAGCACAUCAUCGGUCAGGUGUCGUCACCUGACGCUGCUCUGCUGCAGGAGAAGCUGGACGCUCUGAGACGCCGCUGGACAUGUGUGCAGAGUCAAGUGUGUGAGCGCCAGCGCAGGUUGACGGGUGUGGAUCCAGCCGUGAUGGAUGUGCUUCAGAGGACCGCUGGUCUGGCUCAGUGGCUGGAGCACACGGAGGUCGCUGUGGAGAUGCUGCCGGUUUCAGCCUCCGACAAGAGCCUCAGAGAGCUCAAGGCCUUGACGGAGGAGAUGGAUGGUCAGAAUGAGACGUUGUCAUGGCUGAAUAAAACUGGCUGUCAGAUCUUGUCAAACUCCAGUCUGAGUCCUCAGGACAGAGACACUCGUGUGAAUAAAAUCAGGCAGAUAAACCUCAGCUGGAGUAAAGUGAGCCGUGAGCUGCUGGAUAAGGUGCGUGAGGUGGAGGGGCGUCUGCAGACACACACAGCGGUCCAGGACGAGAGGAGGCUGGGGUCGUACACACAGUUUCAGGAGCGCAUGAGCAGACUGGGUGGCUGGGUUUACAUCAGCAGCCAGUCUCUGAGCGACGUCACACCGGCGGAGAGACAGGUUCUGGAAAUGUCCAUGCGAGAGCAGAAGCGGGAGCUGGAGGAGCUGUUGUCUUACUCUAUUGAGCUCCAGAGGAAACAGCUGCUUUUACCACAGGAGAAGAGUAAAAUCGAACAGCUGGCUGCAGACUGGAAAGCUCUGGAUGCCAGACUGAAAGAGCCGUCUCCAGAGCUGGCGGGCCCGAGCUACCUCGAGCAGACUGCGACAGAGCUGGCGGGCCCGGGCUACCUCCAGCAGACGGCCACAGAGCUGUCGGACUGGCUGCUCCUCAUCAACCAGAUGCUCAAAUCCAACAUCGUCACGGUGGGAGACAAAGAGGAGAUCCACACCACCAUCAGCCGCCUGCAGGUGACUAAAGGUGAUCUGGAGCAGAGACAUCCACAGCUAGAAGACAUCAUCACUCUGGCUCAAAACAUCAAGAACAAAACCUCCAACCUCGACUUGCGCACCUCCAUCUCUGAGAAACUGGAGAAGGUCUGCAGCCAAUGGGACGGCACACAGCAUGGCUUGGAGGCACGGCUUCUGCAGCUUGAGUGCAUGAUCGGCCACAGUGACCAAUGGGAGGAGCAGAGGCACAAGGUGAACUCUCUGAUUGGACAAAACGAGAUGCGUCUGAACAACCUGCUGCAGCUGAGCCGGGAGCCGCUUACCAAACAGAUCAGUGACAACAAGGCGUUCCUGCAGGAGCUCAGUCGAGGACAGGAGAGCCUGACGUCCUUUAAUGAACUGUCCAAUCAGCUUCUGCAGGAAUAUGCCGCUGACGACACGCGCAAGGUCAAAGAGGUCAUGGACAAACUCAACACGGUGUGGAACAGCGUCAAUAACAGGGCGUCGGACCGUCAGGCUGAGUUGGAUUCAGAGCUGAAGUCUCUCCAGGCGUGUCUCCGAGAGCUCAAGUGGCUCCAUGAGGCGGAGACUACGGUCAACGUGUUAUCUGACGCCGCCCAGAGGGAGGAGCUCUCGCAGGACUCCGCCCACAUCACAGAGCUCAAAGGGCAGCUUGAGGACAUCCAGGCGGAGAUUGAGGCUCAUAAUGAUGUCUUCAGGAGUGUGGAUGGGAAUAAGAUGAAGAUGGUGAAGGCUCUGGGGAGCUCAGAGGAAGCAGUUUUCCUUCAACAGAGACUGGAUGACAUGAACCAGCGCUGGAACGACCUGAAGGCCAAAUCAGCCAAUAUACGGGCUCAUCUGGAGGCCAGUGCUGAGCGCUGGAACCGGCUUCUGUCAGUCCUGGAGGAGCUGGGCCGCUGGAUCAGUGUGAAGGAUGAGGAACUGAACAAACAGAUGCCCAUCGGAGGAGACGUGCCCACAGUGCUGCAGCAGCAGAACCACUGCACAGCUCUGUGGGCGGAGCUUAAGGAGCGGGAGCAAGUAGUUCUCAGCACAUUGGAUCAGGCACACAUGUUUCUAGCCGACCAGCCAAUCGAAGGACCCGAAGAGCCACGCAAGAACCUGCAACCCAAAACUGAGCUGAGCCCAGAGGAGAAGGCCCAGCGGGUGGCUAAAGCGAUCCGAAAGCAGACUGCAGAGGUGGGCGAGCGCUGGGAGAGGCUCAUGGGACACGCGGGCACCUGGCAAGAGCAGGUGGACAGGGCACUAGAUAAACUCCAAGAUCUCCAGAGAUCCAUGGACCAACUGGACCUGCGUCUAGCCCAGGCCGAGGAGCUCAAAGCUGGAUGGCAGCCCGUGGGAGACCUUCUCAUAGAUUCCCUACAGGAUCACAUCGAGAAAACAACGGCGUUUCGUGAUGAGAUCGCGCCUCUGAAACAGGAUGUCCAGGCAGUGAAUGAUCUGGCAGGUCAGCUGACCCCACUGGACGUCCAGCUGUCCUCCACCACCAGCCGUCAGUUACACGACCUCAACAUGCACUGGAAACUACUGCAGGCGGCUGUAGAGGAACGGUUGAAGCUCUUACAGGAAGCACACAGGGAUUUUGGACCCUCCUCUCAACAUUUCUUAUCCACUUCGGUGCAGUUGCCCUGGCAGAGAGCAGUGUCCCAGAAUAAAGUGCCCUACUACAUCAAUCAUCAGAGUCAGACGACGUGCUGGGACCAUCCCAAGAUGACCGAGCUCUAUCAUUCUCUGUCUGACCUCAACAACGUGCGGUUCUCUGCGUACAGGACGGCGAUGAAGAUCCGCCGGCUGCAGAAAGCCCUCUGCUUGGAUCUGUUGGAUCUGAGUGUGGCUCAGUCCAUGUUCCAGCAGCACAGUUUGACGGUAAACUCCCAGCAGCUGACGGUUCCUGAGGUCAUCAACUGCUUGACGUCUGUGUAUGACGGCCUGGAGCAGGAACACAAAGACCUGGUCAACGUCCCACUCUGUGUGGACAUGUGUCUCAACUGGCUGCUCAAUGUCUACGACACGGGUCGCAGUGGGAAAAUUCGAGUUCUGUCCAUGAAGAUUGGUCUUCUCUCUCUUUGUAAGGGUCACCUGGAGGAGAAAUACAAAUGUCUGUUUAAUCAGGUGUCAUCGGUGGGUGAGACGUGUGAUCAGAGGCAGUUGGGUCUUCUGCUGCAUGAUGCCAUUCAGAUCCCUCGACAGCUGGGCGAGGUGGCGGCCUUCGGCGGGAGCAACAUCGAGCCCAGCGUCCGCAGCUGCUUCCAGCAUGUGACCAAUAAGGUGGAGCUGGAGCCCGGGCAGUUUAUUGAUUGGAUGAGGCUGGAGCCGCAGUCGAUGGUUUGGCUUCCGGUCCUGCACAGAGUGGCAGCAGCAGAAACGGCCAAACACCAGGCCAAGUGCAAUAUCUGUAAAGAGUUCCCCAUCGUGGGCUUCAGAUAUCGCAGUUUGAAGCACUUCAACUAUGACGUUUGCCAGAGUUGUUUCUUCUCUGGUCGCACAGCGAAGGGUCAUAAACUCAACUACCCCAUGGUUGAGUACUGCACACCGACCACCUCAGGAGAAGACAUGCGAGAUUUCACCAAAGUCUUAAAAAACAAGUUCCGCUCAAAGAAGUAUUUCGCCAAGCACCCUCGCCUGGGAUAUCUGCCUGUCCAGACAGUCCUCGAGGGAGACAACAUGGAAACGCUUUCUCCAUCGCUACAAUUCUCUCAUGACGACACACACUCACGGAUAGGGCAGUACGCCAACAGGUUGGCACAGAUGGAGCGAUCUAAUGGCUCUCUGCCCACCGACAGCAGCUCGGCCACUGGAAGCAUGGACGAGGAGCACGCUUUAAUCCUGCAGUACUGCCAGACUUUGGGAGGGGAGGGCUCAUCCUUCAGCCAGCCCCAAACCCCCGCCCACAUCAGCAGGAGCCCCGCCCAUAACACUCACAGCCCCUCCUACCUGCUCCAGAGCCCCGCCCAGAUCCUACAGGCUGUGGAGAGGGAGGAGCGAGGAGAGCUGGAGCGGAUCAUAGCACGACUGGAGGAGGAGCAGCGGACCCUGCAGAGGGAGUAUGAACAGUUGCGCCAGCAGCACGGUCAGCCCGGUGCGGGGGUCACAGCUGUUAGCGGGGCCCUUGAGGAAGCUGACCUGUUAGCUGAAGCUAAACUCCUGCGGCAGCACAAGGGACGGCUAGAGGCCCGCAUGCAGAUACUGGAGGACCAUAACAAACAGCUGGAAUCACAGCUCUACCGACUACGCCAGCUGCUGCAUCAGCCUGAGUUAAAUGGCUUGUCCUCUUCUGGCUCUCUCCAUCAGGAUACAGCAGGACAGGCCGAGCUCGCAGAUGAGUUUCUCCAUCAGUGUGCUAACAGUAACUCUGAUCUGUCUGAGGUUGUGGAACAGAUUAACCACAGUUUUCCUGCAUGCUCUCCGUCAAGUGUGUCCUCAAGGCCGAAGGUGAUGUGAAUGUUUUCAGCAGAACAUCCCUUUGGAAAUCUUGCGGACAUGAAGAGCAGUCUCAAACUAGACAUGACAAGAAGAUUCCCAUUCUAGAGAUGCAGAUUCCCUCUAGGCUGUUUGUCCUCGAACCCAAAGACUCUGGAACAGGACCACACAGUUCAUUCAAUGGCUAUUACUACUGCGUCUGUCUGUACUAUGCAACUGUACAUUUGAUCAACAUGUAGAUUGUACGUGAGGUGUACCUGCCCAUUGUUUUAAUACUCAGAUGAUUAUUUAGGGUUAUGGGGGCCAUUUAUCGUAUAACAUAUAUGCUUUUAUUACUGUGUUCACCAAGGAACCACACUGCUACCACACGCAGCUCACAUUAGUUGCUGUUCAGAAUGGCACGGUGUCUUUCUACAGACGUGGUUAUUAGUUUAAUCAGAAAACGAUUUGAACAUCCGUGUAUAUGAAGACGAAGCGGUCUCGUAAUGCUAAACUGUUAGCGAAUGUUGCCCCCAGCAUUAUUCUGUUCAACUUUAAACUGUUUUGACAGU